CACUUUGUGCACUCUUGUUUAUUUUCCCUUUAGCAGGGCUUACGGAUUGAUGAUCAACGCUGCUUCGCUCCCCAAAUCCAACUGGGCUCUCCUACCCCCCCGAGAAAGUUUCAAUCACGACCUCUAUCUGAAUCAGAGUCAACCAGGAGAUCAACAUCUUUCAGUUCAGUUUCUGAGGAUCACGGUUCUGAUCAUGACCAGUUUUUCUCCCUGAUCCAUCAUGCACAGCAAAGACGAAUGGAUGACCAGCGAUGCUCGUUUGAACCCAGCAAACAUAGUUCCUUCAUUCCAAUAAGUCCAAACACUACACCCAUAGGGUUCAAGCCUUUCAGCACUGGGAAUCAAAGAGAGCGACAUCCACAGAUCAUCCUGACCCCCGCAUCACCUGCUACACCCAAAAAACCUGAUUCCAGACCUGCAUCACCCUUCCUGAUGCUUUGUGACUCUGAACCUCUUCCCAGAUCUGCCUCUUUUUGCCCUGUGUUGGAGAAAGAGAGGUUAUUGAAUGAUGACAUGCCCAUGCAGAUAACCUUUCAAAUUUCCAUGCGCCUCCCUCCACACGAAUCGUGUCAAUCUCCCGAAGUAUUUCUCACAAUCGGACAACCAGGGGAAACUAUUGUACUUCCUCUCAGUUUCAAACCUGGCAGACCUGUCUCCCUUAACGUGAACCCACAUAAAAAGCAUCACUCCAGGUCCACAUCUCCUCACGGGUCGCCUGCAAGACAAGAACGUGGAAUGCCGUCACCUCUAAAUCCAGAAAAUCCAGGACCAUUCAACCCACACGAGGACUACUUCUCUCUGAUCCAGAGAUGUCACAGUACUCAGCUACAACAGAACAAUGAACAGAAAAGAGCAGAGAUGAACAGAGAGGCCAAGAACGAAAAAGGAAAAAAUAGUGGUAGGAAAGAGAAAAAAAGAAGGAAAUAA